UUUUUGGAUCAGCUACGUCCUCUACUACCAAAAAAUGACAACGUUGUCAUCGAGAAACUGACGCGGAAAUUCUUCGCUACCCCAUUGGAAUUCCAACGCAAUGUUCGGACCAUGAAAUUGUUAAACCGCUACAUUGAUCGCAUCCGAGUCUCUCCUUCAAAGAUCUACCUUAUUCUAUUAGAGCUAAAAAGAAAAUUAACGAGGUGUGAGCCGUUUGCGAAUGAGGUGUGCUCCCAAGUUUUUUACGGUUAUAGUCCAAUCGUUCGCGAAGCAGUAACCAGUGCACCAAUUGCCAACUGUCCACCGCUUUGGAAGGACGCCAAUGAUCUCUCGGGCAAUUCGGAAGGCGCUUCCAAACAUAGAGUUAAAUUCAUCACGUUGAGUCCAACCCCAUCAAAUCCUAUCUGCCACCGCCAGUGCUCAGAGGAAGCCACUCCCUCAGAAUCUUCUACACAUGGAAAACGAAAACGUCCCCGUGUUGAUGAAUUGACGAUCUCCGGCGAAUCGACAGAAGCCUCUGGCACACAGAAAUCAACGUUGGUCAAUUCGAAUGGAAAGAUGGAGCCACUAACACCGCGGCAACGAAAAUGGAUUUCUCCAUCACCAUCGACUCAUCGUAAAUUGCAAAUGUUGCAAUGUCGGAUGGAGUUCCUCUCGCGAGAGAUUCGUCGGAUGGAGGAAGUGGAAAUGGACGAAACGGAGCUAGAUGAUGAGGAGUCCGCCUACCUACGGUUGGACACCCUCAAGCGGGAGUAUCUUGGAGUGUGGCGGCAGUUCUGUCGCCUUCGCGGCAUCUCCCGUCACGCUGGAAGUCUUACUCGUCUGCCCUUUCGAUACUCUGGCUCUCGUUUCGCGGUGCUUAAUCGUGCGGUUGAAGAUCACGUGAACGCUUCUCACACCUUUCCUGACUAUGUGGACGUCUACAAGGUGGUGGAGGAGACGUCCAAUCGCGAGCAACUUGGUUUGAGGCAAGUGUUAGUAGGUAAAAGUUGCGGUAGUACCAGCGGAAUUGAGACAUUGGCUCGGGAGAUCUUCACUGAUGUAGGUGCCAUCCUGAAGAAUCGUCGUGAACGUCAGUUUCGGCGCGAUUUUGGUUGCCACCUCACUGACGAACAGGUUGAUAUUCUUUUUCCUUUUGUUAUUACUGGUGUUAGCACUGAUGCCGAUCCUGCAUUAUUCAGUGCAGAACUGCGACGUCGUCUACGGGCUAAUAGACAAAUUGCUUCAACCAACCUUGAAUCCUUAAUCACCAAGUAUGCACGAAUGCAGGAGGACCUAGAAAGGCGUGAAUCCUCAGCUGGUCAACGUCAGAAAGAAGAUAGCCAUACUGCAACAGUAGAUCUAGAUGCUGUUGAGAUCGUUGACAUAACAGAAGAGUCAAGGACACCUCCUUGUGAAACCUCCUCUACCUUCUUUCGGUCGGAGGAAGCACCAAUGCCUGUAAGUUUUCCGGAUGCGAACAUCGAAUCUCCAAUAUUCAUGGAUGACCUGGAUGUGGAUGGAGAGGAGCAUUAUCAGCAGCCUCAAGUGGGAAAGAAGGUGCCUCGCGGUGACUCCAAUAUUGGUAAACCUCCAUCGACGAUUACAAUCAGUGAUGACGAAGAAGACGAGGUAAUAUUUCGUGGGUAUCGUCCGCCACCUAAACAACCCUCCACCAUGAGCGCAUUGGUAUCAUCGGGAGAUCAUAUGACCCUGAGCUGGUCUAACACUGGUGGCCUAGUGAUAUGCAGAACACAGCGACAAGUCCUUCAAGUCGUUCCGCCUGCAGAAAUGAUGCAAUAA